AUGAAUGUAAACUCGAUUAUGCGCAAGAAACUAGCCGACGAGGCUCAAACGGAGGGCACUUUCGACAAGAAAGUGGACGAACUCUUGAAGGAAGCAAACAAUCUCACGACCCUCUGUGGGGUCGAGAUGGGCAUUGUCGUCCACAAGGAAGGGGAGGACAAUGCCGUGAUGUGGCCUUCACUGGAGAUUUCCACCGGGAGUCUCCAAAAGUUCUUGAACUUUCCGGAACCGCAAAGGGCGGAGGGGAUGUCCACGCACGUUGACUUUCUUGAGCAACUUGUGGCGGUCGAGGCCAGUAAAGUGGCCGAGGACCGGGAGAGGCUCCAAAUGAGGAAGGCCCAACAUUUGCUGGCCCAAGUGACGACGGGCGAAAAAAGAAUGGAGGAGCUCGAUUUCCAUGAAUUGCAAGGUUUGGCUUCGUUUGCUUCCGAGAUGCUUAGAAAUAUCGAGAAUCGGGAGAAAGAGUUGGAAGGCGAAGGGUCGGGUAGUUCGAGCGGUUGA